AUGUCUGUUCCUCAAGAAAUAUCUCGUCCAUGGUCUUCAAAUUCCUUUGAAAAACUCAUGAGUACUGAGACCACUCUAACCUACAGAUAUCUGAGAAUUGUGAUAUCUGAAUUUCAUAUCCUAACAUCUAUUAUAUCAACAUGUCUUAACUAG